UCUGCCCAGUCCCGCAAUAAGGAAGUGAGGUUCCCAAAUGCGCCUUCAGUGCCAUCAACGCGAUGGAAAGUAAACACGGUUAAAACAGAAAACGUGUUAUGUGGACGAAGAAGACCGACAGAUGAGAUGAGAGGAAUAACCUGGAAAUCAUUUUACGCACCGCCUAUUAGGGUGGGUGCCAUAAUCCUCAUCCUGCAGCUAUGCCUUGUGAUCAGUUUUAACUUUACUGAAUCUUCUGGAGACUAUACAAGUGCAGAGCCUAAGAUGGAUCUGGAGUGUCUUAAUGAUUACAUAACAGAGAUGAUGUGUAGUUUGACUUCAGACCAACAGCUCAUCUGCCCCGAGUACAGUCUCAAUGUGACUGUAUUUAACGCAAGAUUUACUUGCGAUUUACAGCAACUUAAUUCCAGCUCAUGUGAAUGCACAGUGCAUGUGAACUCUGGCUUUGUUUUGGGAGAGGAAUACAAGGUUAAUGUGUUGAGAAACAAAAACCUACUGUUCACUACAAACUUCGGUACUACAGAAACCAUUAAACCUAAAAAACCUGUCAUAAGGACAGUCAAGGAAACAAAGAAUGGAAACUUUCUCAUUGCUUGGGACACGGCUUAUACGAUUAAUGAACUUGUAUUCAGUACCGAGCUCACUUACUACAUCAAAGGAAGCAAAGGGACGAGAAAAAAUGUGACCGUAACAACAAAAGGCCAGUUUAAGUACGAGCUUGUAGGCAGAAACCUUGAGUCAUAUUCCAACUAUAUUGUGAUGGCAAGAAUACAAUCACUCUUCAAUGACAGAUUCAGCGAUUACAGUGAUCCAUAUAGGUUUUCUACACCCUCAUCUCUAAAGGACUAUGUCAAGAUAAUAAUUCCCCUCAUAUGUAUAACUCUGAUCAUCAGCAUUUUUAUCACCUACUAUUUAUGCAACAAAAUCCUGAUUGUUUGGUGGUUCAAGAUUCCUACUCCGAAAAUAGCUACUAAUUUUGUAAAACAGGUCCCAAACUUGCUGUCAUUUCAAAACGACUUCUCACCUGACAAUCUCGACGCUUCAAAGCUGCUCCACUCCGGAGACAAGAUCUGGCCUGCGUCUUCUCCGGUAGACGUCCGAGGUGAAAAUAACAGCCUCAACAGCUUCGGUAAAGACGGAGAUUCGUCAGGAGUGAGUUACAGCCAAGCGGUAAUUCAGAGUAUAGAAGCAAACAGCCCUGAAAAUAACACUCAUGGGAAAGAAUCUCAGUCAACAAUCAGUCGAAUGCCAACAUCAACACAAUAUUAUAAAAACCUGACAUCUCUCAGCAAUGACAGUAAUGUUCUAAUGCCGUAUGGGAACAGCUCUGACUUCAGUAACAAGCCCUAUAUGUUUUCACUCUCUGACAAGAUUCACAACCCCACCAAUGGACACUGUAUCUAUGACUUGAAUCAGCAUGAGAGCAUUUUUCCUUCUUUGGAGAAAAACUUGGACCCAGUGAUCCAGACAGAUUUGGAGUAUGGCCCGUGUACCCCGUGUACCCCGUGUACCGGAAGCUCAGGGUCUGAAAACGUCACACCCUCCAGCAGCGAGAUUAUCGUGGUUAAUGGAUAUCAGAGCCUUAAUAACAUCCUGGAUCGUGCAUCAAAACCUCAAUCGUUUAUCAGCCCUCAUAAUGACGUUUAUCUGAUCACGGAAAAGAUCCUCUGCAGCAAGAACGCACACAACAUUUCCUAUGAAAGCCCCAUCAUCCCAGUGGAGAACGAAUAUAGAGAUUUCCGUAGCUUACUCCAAAAUUCAAAUGAACAACAUAGCCUGGUCACUGGCCCUGAAUUAAAACAGCUUUGUGGCCUGGAUUUGCAUACAUCUCCAGGUAUUGAAAUCGACUGUUCAUAUCACACGGUAUGAAUUCACAGCUCGGAAACAGAAUUUCUCUAAACGUAUUUGCAGGCCAGACCUUUUCAUGC